CUUUGUGGGCAUAUUUGGUCUUAUUCUGAUUAACUUACCAACGCGCGUAAGGCCAAAUUUUCGUUUUAGCCCAUGCAUGAACUAAGAGCAUGAUUAACGCUAGGGGAGAGGGCGUGGGUUCUUAGUUUUUUUUUUUUUUGGGUCCGAUUUUUUUUCUUCUAAAAAAAUAAAAACGGACCAAUCGCAGACCACCACGUGUCAAUGGAGUCCACGAAUAAUACACAAACAAAACUAAAGUCGCCUCUUGCAGAAGAGGCAGUUCUUGAUUAUAAGGUGAGAUCCGCUUAUUUUUAAAUAUUUUUUUUAAGCUACCGUUAAAGGUGUUCUAAAUUUUUAUCAAAUUCAAGAACCCCAUGCAUGAACCAAGUUUUGACCAAAUACCAAUUGCGUAAAAGAGAAUUGUGUAACAAGUAUUCAUACGCUGCUAUUAUACACAUAGCACGCCGUAUCAGAUUUUUGCCUUGAGUCGGAAUCGAGAACGCAGAAGCUAAAUCGUAAAAAACACACAAAAACAAGAUUUCUAAAAAAUUUAAGAUAUAAAUACGUGUUAAAAGUAUAUAUACAAAUAUUUAUAGAUAAUAACAAUUUUAUAAAAAUCAGAACUAAAUUAUACUAUUCAAAUUAAUAGGAAUCGCUUAUUCAUUUUAAUAAUUUAUAUCAAGUCAACUGAAUUCAUAUUACUGUAUGUUAUGUAUGUUGUGAAAAUACUAACAAAUUAAAAUUUUAAGAGAAAUAUUAUCCAAUUAAUGAUAGUUAUUUAAUCUCUCAGAAACACACAAUGUACUAUUAUGCACAAAAAUAUAUCUUGCUGCUGAUACAUACAUAUUCUUUUAUUUUUAUAUAAAUACUAUUAUUUUCAAAUUUUAUAUAAAAUUAAAAAUAUAAUAUAAUUUUUUUAGUUUUUAUUUAUUCAAUGACAUUUGAAUUUUUAAAACAGAAUCAAAGAUUUUAAAACAGAAGUAAAUAUCUAGUUAAGCUUCCGUGCUACUUAGAUUAUAACCAGCGGCUGCAAUAGAAUGAAGUAUGAACUUCUUUUGGCAGCAUGCAAUAAUAUAUAUAUAUAUAUAUAUAUAUAUAUAUAUAUAUAUAUGAACUGGCAGUCUAUAAACCGCGGCCUUUCACUAACGGAUUCAAAUCCAAGUUUCAGCACAACAUCAACAUUUAUACAAAUGAUAUGCACAGUGUUAUCCUAGACAUUUAAGAGGGGCCUAGAACUUGUAAGAAAUAUGGCCCUUAUAUUUAUAGAACUAUAUCAAAACUAAAAGAAUAAAUUUAAAAGUCAAAAGGAAAAUUUACAGUGAAACAAAAUGCAAAAACAGAAGAAGAGUGGUUUUAUCUAAUAACACAUCAUUUUCAAAAGUUUGGGCCAAACUUUUUGUAUCUAUCUUAAUGAGGUGGCCUAAGACCUCUGUGGUUUAACACCUCCGUGGGGUUGGGAUGGAGAGAUAAUUUGUCUUCUCUGUGGUUUACAUCCGGAAUCAAGAGAUCAUCUUAAUUUAUUUAAUUGUCCUUUCUCUAGCUUUAUCUGGGUUCGCUUGGCUGAAAAACUUGGUUUCCAAAAUGUCCCAUGCCAUUGGGAUGACUUGUAAAUUUGGUAGAACAAUGCUACUCCUAAUAAAGUGGUCUUCUCUGCUUUGUUGCAGUUGCGUAAUGGAUGUAUUACUUCGUCUGGCAUGAAAGAAAUGAGAGGUUCCACCGGGGUCUUUCUCUUCAUCUGGCAGUUGCUGGUUUGAGUUUGAAAAAGUUAAAACAUAAGUCUUUGGCUUUGUCCAACGUUGGCUCUUCCAUGGGCGACACUUUACUUGAGCUUUGGUCAGUGUGGUUUUCCCUCCAGUGCUCCCUUCCUUCGCUGUGUUUUGCUUUUCCAUGUGCUCAUGAUUAUUUUCCUUCAUCUUCACUCUGAAUGUUUCAGUUGUGGCCAUCUCUCCUUUCUUUUCUUGCUUUUAGUUGUUAUAUCUUCUCUGUAAUGCUCUGUUUUUUUUCCUGCAUUCUUGUUAUCCUAUGUACCUGUUUAUUUCUCAAUAUGAAAGCCUUUAAAAAAACUCUUAGAAAAUUAUAGUUUAUUAAAAACGAACCAUUUAUCAACAUUCUCCACUGACAAAGUUUCUGCAUUCUUUAUGUUGCCGUUGUUUUGUCUUUUGAUCCCAUCACUUUCAUGUGGCUUUUUCCAGUACACCCAAAGUUGACAUGCCGUCCUAAAAUUUUAGUGGCUUAAUUAAAACACAUUUUUAAAAUGUGAUCCUAUAUUAAAAUAUUUAACGGUAUAUAUAUUAUAUAAUCUAAUUAUAUUAAUAUUCAAAUUAAAAUAAUAUUUAAUAUGAUCAUCCCAAAAAAAAAUUAUUUUAAUAUUUUGUAAAUAUAGUAGUUUGGAUAUGCUAAAAAUUUUGGUUUCAAAGUUUUAAAACAUGAACUAUUUUGAAAAUAUGUUAAUUUUUACUUUGUUUUUUUAGAUUUUUAUUAAUUAUAAUCUAAUAAUACACUGGUGUUUUUUCUGAAAAAAAUGAUUUCGAAAUUUUAAAUUACAUAUUCAAAACUAUUAGUCAAACUAAAAUUAGAAAAAAAAAAAAGGAGUAAAAGAAGAGCAUAAAAUUAUUUGGUUAUACAUUAUUAAAAAGGUGAGGAGAAAAUAGAAUGAAUAAAAUAAAUAAAUAAAUCAAAACGGAAAGUCACUUUAAAAUCCUCUCUUCCACAAGGAUCGAACUAAAGAAAUCAAGCAAUUUGACCAAAACACGUUUUAGACAUGUGGCCCCAGAACUUUUUUAUUAGUUGCUGGUCUAAAAUUGUGCUCUACCAUUCAGGGAAGGGGUUUGUUCACAUGCAUUAAAAAAAAUCCAUCUCGCUUGCUUCUAGACAAUACUAGCGUUAACCAUAUGCAUCUCUAUAUAAACUAGAUCCUUCUCCCUCGUAACUUCAGUUCUCUUGUAUAAAUUAACUUCUUAGAAAAUGAAAAUGAUUAUCCGCAUUUUCUUCAUGAUCCUCUCCCUAGUUUCAUCCAUCUCUUCUGCCUCAGUUCAAGACUUUUGUAUAGCUGAUCCGAGCGGUCCUCAAAGCCCAUCAGGAUACUCUUGCAAGAACCCUGACCAGGUCACAGCAGAUGACUUCGCAUUCUCCGGUCUCGCUAAAUCCGGAAACACUUCAAACAUGAUUAAAGCCGCAGUGGCUACAGGCUUUGCCCCCGCUUUCGCGGGCGUCAAUGGCCUUGGAGUCUCAGUGGCUCGUCUUGACUUAGCCGAAGGUGGUGUGGUUCCUAUUCACAUUCAUUCUGGUGCGUCUGAAGUUCUUAUAGUUAUUGAAGGAACCAUCCGCGCAGGGAUUAUUUCAUCUGCUAAUAAAGUUUACUUGAAGACUCUCCAGAAAGGUGAGGUUAUAGUGUUUCCUCAAGGGCUUCUUCAUUUUGCGCUUAACGGUGGGACAGGUCCUGCCAUGGCCUUUGCUGCCUUCGGAAGCUCCAACCCUGGCGUCCAGCUUGUACCCAAUGCGCUGUUUGCAAGUGAUUUGCCUGCAGAACUCGUUGAAGCCACGAACUUCCUUAGCCAUGAAGAGGUUAAGAGGCUUAAGGGUGUGCUUGGAGGAACUAAUGAACCUUCUCUUUCGCUUUAUUGAUCUGCACCUUAAGAUUAACCGACACUCUUUGCUUGUUGUCCUCGAUGUUUAUUUCAUUCAUGUUCUUGCAAUCAUUAUUUUCCUAGUAAAAAAAGUUCUACAGAUCGAUCUCUUUUAUAUACUUCAAAAAUAUUUGAUUAUAAAACCUUCAAAUAAUACGCUUAGUGCCAGUGGUAACUGGUAACUCAAAUAUACCGUUAGUUUGUUUUUGUUCACAUAUGCAUGUAUUCUUUGUUGGGAUAUUUGGUCUUAUUGUGAUUAAUUUACCAACGAUCAUAAGGCCCAGGUUUUAUGUUAACAAAACAAAGCAGAGUCCAACUCUAUUGUACCAAAUGCUUAUAAUAAGCCCAUGCAUGAACUAAGUUUUUACAAAAUUGAAGAAGCCCAUGCAUGAGCUAAGUUUUUACAAAAUUGAAGAAGCCCAUGCAUGAACUAAGUUUUUACCAAAUUCAAGAAGCCCCCAUGCAUGAGCCAAGUUUUGACCAAAUACCAUUUGCGUAAAAGAAAAUUGUGUAAUAACUAUUCUUAUGAGUUAUGACACACAAACAUUAUCAGAUAUAUAUAUCCGGAGUAUAAGUUAUAACCAGCAGCUGCAAUAGUAUGGACAUUGCAAUAGUAUACAUGAACUGGUGGUCUAGAAACCUUGGUUUUUCACUACCGGAUAGGCCCGGCUUAGAGGGUGUGCUCAGAGUGCAAAAGCACAGGGCUCAACUUUAAAUUCAACAAAUUUCUAUAGAAUUUAGGGCCCUUAUUUUUCUAAAACAUUACAAAAUAGAGCCCAAUUAUUUUCAUGUUAUAUUUAUUAAAGAACACUUUAGAAAAUAUUUGGAUCAGCACUGGGCCCUAAAUUUCAAUGAGACGGGCCUUACCGGAUUCAAACCCGAGUUACAACACAUCAGCAACAUUUAUACAAAUACUAUGCAUCAAAUAAAAAAGAAGAUGUUUAAAAUCUAAAUAUCAA